UUUGAUAAGCAUAUCACAUGGAUUUUUCUCGACAACUCGGAAAGAUGGCCGGCCUGCUUUGCUCCCCGCACUUUUCGGCCAGCUUCUUGUGCGCGAAGCCGCUCAAGUGUCGUCGGCGUUGUUGACGGGUUAAGGCCGAGUCCCUUCGUCGGGCGGACCAUGCGUCUCGACUGUCUCGACUGAUCGUGACCGUGUGCCUCCCUCCGUGUCCACCCCCUCAGCCGCCCGCGAUCUCGUGUGGUUCUGCAUUGCGGAUUGCAAAAAAGAUCGUUCAAGAGACUUUUUUGUCGCCGCCGCAUCGCGUAUCCCGAGCCAUGGCCACGCAACCAACAACAACGACGACGACGACGACGACGCCGCCGACGACAACAGGACCACAGGGCCCUGUCGCCAACGCGGCAGGCACUCGCCCCGAGAACGUCCUCGACGACGCCUCUUCGCUCAAUGAUGGCGUCCACGAGAAGGGAGCACCCGUCGGCCUCUCCAAGCGGGAAAAGGCGAAGCAGCAUUUCCGCCGCUUCUGGUGGGCCUAUGUCCUCGCACUGGUCAUCUUCCUGGCGAUAUUCCUCCCCAUCUUGUUCAAGGUGAUCAUUCCAGCAAUCAUCAGGAAUGUGGUCAAGGACCAGGAGCUGCCCGUGAGGGGAGGCGCCCUCAACUUCACGGCGCCGACGCACCUGAACAUGAGCAUGGACACCAUGCUCGACACGCCGCUGGGGGUCAAGAUCGAUUCCGUGCCGCUCAACCUCUACCAGCCGCCGGCGGACCCCGAGCACGACGACACGGACGUCAAGGGGCCGUUCCUGAGGCUGCAGAUGCCGGACCAGCACGUCAACGGCGAGACCAAGAUCCACGCCCCGGAGCAGGUCGUCCAGGUGCUCAACCAGACGCAGAUCACCGCCUGGUUCAACGAGUUCUUCGACAAGGAGCUCGUCGACCUCCACAUCAAGGCUAACGACAUGAGCGUCCACCUCGGCGCCCUCGACUACAAGGUCGACAUGGACAAGACGGUCAAGGUGCCGGGGCUCAACUACCUCAAGGGCUUCGGCGUGAUCGACAUGAAGUUCUCCAUCCCGGCCGAGCCGUCCGGCCGCAACCUGCGCGGCCACCUGCUCAUCCCCAACGCCGGCGUCAUCGCGCUCGGCAUGGGCAACGUCUCGUUCAACAUCAUGGCCGGCGACGUCAACCUCGGCCUCGUGCGCCUGUACGACUUCGACCUGCGCCCGGGCAACAACACGCCCGCCUUCGACGGCGAGUUCUACUUCGACCAGCUGAUCCCCAACCUGCCCGCCAUCCUCGACUCCCAGCGGUCCGCCCUCGCCGAGGGCGUCGUCGAGCUGCACGCCAAAGGCAACAGCACCAUCAACUACGGCCGCCACAUCCCCUACAUCGAGGGCGUCCUCAACAUCAAGCGCGUCCCCAUGCGCAUCCCCGUCACCACCCUGCUCGUCGACCUCAUGGAGGCCCUCGUCUCCCACGGCGACGGCAACGGCAACGGCACCUCCUCCCAGGGCGUGCCCCUGCUCGACCACCUCGGUGACGUCCUGGGCAACAGGACCCUGUUUGAGCAGAUGCUGAGCCACUGGGAUAGCACUGGUGGUGGUGGUGAUGAUGCAAAGGGAAGCGCCAGCGGCGGCAAGAAGAGCAGCUCGCUGACCAGGUCCGUCAGGAGGUCGAUGCAUACCAACAUCUUGAAGCUGGGCCUCAGGAGGUUGCGGUCCAAGUUUUGAUCUGACCGGGACGGGGAAUGGGUAUUAAUUAUUUCUUGAGAGUAUUAAUUGGGUAUUAAUGUCGUUUAUGACGCCAGAAGAGGCAGUGACGUGACUGUGGAGAAGACCGUGAUCAGUCCACGACUAACUAGGUAUGGCAUGGAUGGGUAAUAAUUAUAUACCUUAGGUAACGACGAGCAUAAUGAUACAACGUAUAAUGUUCAUGACUUUGUCUGUCUCCCGG